GACCGGAGCGCGCGGCGGCCGCGGGGCGACGCGCGCUCGACUUCUCCGGUGUUCUCUGCACGGACGGAUGGAGGACAGGUGACUCGUUCCGCCGGAUUAAUCCACCUUUUUUUAGUUAUUUAUUUUUCUCGUGCAAAAACGUCAAGAGAGCCGAGAAAAGAAAAAACCCCGCAGCAGCUUUGUGCAACAGGAGCGCAGCGCAAACAUCUGUGUUUUCCUUCACGCGUAUGACAACACGUAAUGCCCGGUCCGGGAUGGACGUGGAAAGCAUCCCAGGAGUGAGCGCCUCAACACCCAACACCACAAACUGCACCGUGGCCCCCGGCAGCAGCCCGCAGCUGGGCCCGUUCAGAGACGGGAUGGCGGCGGCGGCGGUGGUCGUCCUCAGCCUCCUCACCCUCCUCACCGCGCUGAUCAACGCCGCCGUCAUCGCCGCCAUCUGCACCACCAAGAAGCUCCACCUGCCCGCCAACUACCUCAUCUGCUCCCUGGCCGUCACCGACCUCCUGGUGGCGCUCCUCGUGAUGCCCGUCAGCAUCCUCUACAUCACCACGGAGAUGUGGACCCUGGGCCAGGUGGUGUGUGAGCUGUGGCUGAGCGUGGACAUGACCUGCUGCACCUGCUCCAUCCUGCACCUGUGCGUCAUCGCCCUGGACCGGUACUGGGCCAUCACCAAGGCUAUCGAGUACGCUCGCAAGAGGUCGGCCCGUCGCGCCGCCGUCAUGGUGGGGGUCGUCUGGGUCAUCUCCGUCUUCAUAUCCAUGCCCCCUUUAUUCUGGAGGCAGAGGCCCAGCAGAGGCAGCUUCAAGCAGUGCAUCAUAGAGCACGAUCACCUGGGAUACACCAUAUACUCCACGGUCGGGGCGUUUUACAUUCCCAUGAUGAUCAUUCUUAUCUUAUACCACAGGAUUUACAAUGCCGCCAAAACGCUGUACCAGAAGCGCGGGUCUUCUCGGCACCUCAGCGGCCGCAGCCUCGGCAGCCAGAACUCAGUGGACCACUGCCGCGUCUCCCACACAUUUUGCGUGUCCGACUUGUCCAACUCGGAUCCCACGCUGCCCACCGACAAACUCAACACCGCCGUCCACGUCCCGUCCUUUGAGACGGACGCGGACGGGCAAGACGAGAAGAACCAGAUUUGCACUUUGCGCGAGAGGAAAGCGGCUAGAAUCCUCGGCCUCAUUCUCGGGGCCUUCAUCAUCUGCUGGCUGCCUUUCUUCUUGAAGGAGGUCCUCGUGGGCCUGCGGGUGGUGCAGCCUUCUCCGCUGGUCUCGGACAUGCUGACUUGGCUGGGUUACAUCAACUCUCUCAUCAACCCCCUGCUGUACACCAGCUUCAAUGACGAUUUCAAGCUGGCUUUUAAAAAGCUGCUCAAGAGAAAAGAGCAUGUGUAGGUUUGAGUUUUAAAAAAUGGGGGAAUGUCUACACCUUGAAUUUAGUUACAGUCUACGCAAAUACGGAGUGCUGUGUAGUGCUUUUCAAGUAAAACUGAACUAUGUGUUUUUUUAAAUAAAACUGUUGUAUUAUG